AUGGACGAAGAAGGCGACAUUUUCGACUUUGAACAGGCAAACAAUGAAGAGAUUCUAAUAGAUGAACAGGGUCUAGACAAAGAGUCGAUGCCCCCGAUUUUUCUCGGACAUAACAAUGCUACCGAAUUGACAGAAGAAGAAGAAUACGACAAGUUUGUUCCUACGGAUCCGGCUAUCGUGAAACAAUUUCAAACAUCGGCCCAUAGAAACAUCUACACCCCGCCAGAGAACUUUGCGCUUGUAUGUGGAUCGAUUUACAGGUCCUCGUUCCCUCGAAUUGAGAAUUUUGAGUUUAUGUUAAAGUUGAAGCUCAAAUCGGUGCUAUGUCUAAUUCCUGAAGAAUAUCCACCGGAGAAUGUCGAGUUUCUCAAGCAGAAUAAUAUAAAGUGUUUCCAAGUCGGAUUGAGUGGGAAUAAGGAACCGUUCGUCAAGAUCAAGCCUGAAUUGGUGAAUGAGGCACUCAAAAUAAUCACGAAUCCGGAGCAUCACCCAAUCCUGGUCCAUUGCAACCGGGGAAAACACAGAACAGGGUGUAUAAUUGGGUGCAUCCGGAAACUACAAAAAUGGUCUUUGAGUAUGAUUUUUGACGAGUACAGAAGAUUUGCGUAUCCAAAAGAACGACCGUUGGACCAACAAUUUAUCGAAAUGUUCGACGACUCGCAUAUUCAGCAAUACGCACAAGACCAAAACUGGCUUCCGUUAGAAUGGUAA